UUGCAGAAAAGUGAGAAAGAUCGCGUGGUGCAGGAAUACAAUGCGGCAAAAGCAGCCGCAGCAGCAGCUGCUGCAGCAGCGGCGGCACGAAGUCGUCGACCUAGUUUACAAACGAGUCCUGGUAUAGCUGGCACUGGAGCAGGAAAAGGACAAUGGAGGCAGUCCAUCCAACGAGCACCGGAUUUCGGGCGUCGAUUUUCGUUCGCAAAAUUCAAAGAUACUACUCAAGCUGCUGCGCGACGAUCAUCGGUCGCUCCAGCCCUAAAUCGUCGGCCAUCCAACAUUCCGAAGUACAAAAAGAGAGCACCAAGCUUAACAAGCCAGAAAGUUCAGUCGACGAGCAGCAGUAACACGCCAUCGGAAACAUCCGAGGGUCCUAGCAGUCGACCUCGUCGCCGCUCUUCCAUACCUCGACCACUGAAUUCUGUAGUGCUGAGACGGAAGCGCAUUUUCUCCGUAUCACCAAUAGUCGGAGUUCAGUUGCGAAGCGGUCGACGGGUUUCAUUAAUUACAUUCAAGGAGCAUUUCGAGAGGGAUCGGCAAAAAUUUCGCCCUAACAAAAUUUGGUCCGCAAAGUAA